AGUCCAUAUAACGAUUGAGUCAUAUAACGCAUUUAAUACCGCGUAAUUGAGAUAUUUCUAUUUCGGCAACCAAAUAAUUCAUUUGAAUAACAAAGGAAGCGUAAACAUUUUGGCAAUCUAAAAAUAUCAACAGUCAAUGGACUUAGUUGUUUCCUGAAUAGCCGCCAUCACAACGAAUAACAAUUAUGAAGUGGAGUGAAGUGUUCUGCUGCAUUUUAAUAUGCUUCGUUUUAAGUCCAAUACAAUUUGGUGCUGUCAAUGGACUCAUUUGGUCUCAAUAUACACUGAUGCAAGUCGUAUGUUGUGUUUCGUGGCCGAUCCCAUAUAAAAAUCCACUUCGGAAAUUAUUCUUCAACGUUGGAUUUCAAUUCAACUACAAUGAACCGUUUGCUUUGUCAAAUUUUUACAAUGCAACGUAUUAUCAAAAUAUUUUCAAUAGUCGCGAUUUUAAGGGUUCCCCAUCUACAACAAACAACGAUACCGAUAAUCGUAUGCAAUCGAGAAGCAUCGAUGGAUCCAGUAAUUUGGUUGGCAAAGAUUUAACAGCAGCAGAAUUCUAUGAAAGCAUUGAAGAUAAUUUCGUUGAAAUUGGCUACGACCGAAGCUGUUUGAAAAAAGCAAUAUGCGAACUUGCCAGACAUCCACUGCAUAAAGAAGAUGAUGAAGAGCAUUUAUUGAUGGAUGUCAUAAAUUUUGUAUUAACACCUUCAAACCAUAACGGUUUUGCCGAGCAUGAAAAACACGAACGCCAAAAGUAUGAAACAGCCCAGAAGAUUGGUGAAAAUGGUCAUGAUUGCGAUGUUAUUUACUCGGAAUGUGAAAAUUCCAUAUUAAAUAACUUUUCUCAUUUAUUGAUUGAAUAA